AUGCGAGCGGCGCAGUCGAGUUCCGCUAUGGUCUCCCUGUUGCGGCCAGAAUUCCCACAGGCUCCGUGGUGGACUUCUUUUCGUACCCUUCGCCGUUCGUUGGGCUCUUUCGGCACCGUGUGGAGGACCCUGCCACCAUCGCCGUUCCGUUGUCACUGGUGCGCACUGGCACGCGAAUUCGAUUUGAUCCCAGGGGUAAGUGCAACGACUGUGGCCGAAACGGAGUGUGUGACUCCGUCACGUAUAAGUGCAGCUGUAACGAUGGGUUUACUGGGGAUUUCUGCGAGCAGUGCUCCGUGGACCAUUACGGCCCUAGAUGCCUGCCGUGCGGCGCCUGUGAGAACAAGGGGUUCUGCGACGACGGAGUGA